AUGGCGGUCGGGGAGCAGUUGAAGCGGAAGGUAGAGGCUGUACAGGAAACUUGGCUGGUGCAGUGGUUUGCGUUUUUGCCCCGUUGUCCCUGGCUUGGUGUCAAGGAAAACCUUGCUGGCAGCGAUUUGGCGAGAGCCUUUUGUUGGCUCGCUUUGUCUUCGAAUCUGCGGCAGCACAAAAAGCAAAGCUUGCAAAACGACUUGCAAAGGCUGGACUUGCGUCUGCCGCCGGCUGCUGAGCUUGUGAAGAUGGCGCUGAACAAGCCCGAGACAGAACUCUUGGCCAAGAAGGCAGCUGCCACUUUGGAGAAACAGGUAGAGAAGCAGAUGGAGAACUUGAAAGCUGCCGGCUUGGACGAGAAGGCCCUGCAGGCUUUCGCACAGAAGGCUGGGACAAAGCUGGGUGCCAUUCACGUCUAG